AACCAUUGUUAACCUUCGUUGCGAUGUGAUCACUAUUGUCGAAGAAAGAAUUUGCUUCCGUUUGGUGGUAUGGAAAUGUCAAAUUCAUGAGAUUACACUCCUUCCAGCCGCUCUUUCUCCGUAUAAUUUUUCGUAUUAGUUGUCUAUACCCGGAAGCCUAGCCUCUUCGGUGUCUAACUCAUUGCUCUCCGACGGAAUGAACGACGUUAACAUUGUCAGCUGUGUUUCAACAUGUUGCAAGGGCGGUAUGAUUCAUUCGCGCACCGCCUACUACAAUUGUUCUCUUCGCUAUAAGAGCACUCAGAAAAAUCAUGUUCGUCAUUCUAUCAAAAAUGGACGACGACUACCUUGAAAAAAUGACGGAGCAGCUCAUCGCCACGGAACUCAUUCUCGGCACCGGCGCGCGCUACUCUUGUCGCGAGGCCUACAUGAUUGCCCAAGCUUUCCUCGACUUCCCCUCUGAAGUGACUGAAAUUGACCUCAUCGAGACCACGCCCGAUACACUUUCCCAAGACGGGUACCUCCCAAUCCUUCUCACUCAUCUUCAGACCACUGUGUGCGGUAAAAUCCACUCGCUCUUCUUCAGCGGACUCUGCUGGCGCAACUUCAAGGACCCCGUUGUCUGGCAUAACGCCCUCACGUCCUUUCCAUCUAUUCAAAACUUGGAGCUUUCCAAUAUCCAAUGUACCGAAGCGCAGUUCUUCUCCAUCAUUGACUCCCUUCCCAGCGAGAUGCGCCUCUUCUGGACCCGAGGCAUGCGGAUCGACGAAUACGAGGCCCACGCAGGAGAGUUUGUCCCGAGCUACGAUAACCCUAGAGAGAUCAGGGCAGGCGAACGUGGCCCGCAAGCAAGCAUGGUCAAUAUGGAAAUUGCUACUCACACAGACCUCGUACUUUUUUCUCGAGUUGCGAGUCGUCAUUCGCAUUUAAAGAUCAGCGGAGUCGAUGACCUGAGAGUGAGGCGGUACGGCCUCGCUAGACCAGCCUGGGAUACCUACAUCGGUGCACGUCUCUCCGCGAUUAUGCAUGCGAUAGUCGAACCGGGGCAGAUUCCCACCCUCCACUUGGGACCAUUUGAUUUUGAUAAGGAAAACCCCCCUGCGCCGCUCUUCCUCAAGUGUAUCGUCGACCUCAAAAUCGCCGUCUCUUUGUUCAGUGAGGGGCCUAGUCUGGAUUGGUGGACCUCGACGCUGAACAAGCUUGCCGUUCCAUGCUCCAUCGAAACGCUAGAAAUCAGGGUUGAAGUCGACACGGAUGCUCUCCCUACUGGUGCCUCUUUUAUGGUGGACGUACCGAGGGAAUGGGUCACCUUUGAUGAAGCAUUGUGUCGCGCGGCGCCCGUCAUCGAAAGGAUCAAGCUGUCCCUGUGCGGGCUGACAGAUAAGCGACACCCAGAAAAUUAUAACUGGGGAGAUCUCAUGGAAUGGCUCGAAGAUGUGUGCAUUAAGAGUGCCCAGGAAGUCUACGAGAAGAAGGGGCCGUCGUAUUUUGAGUCUGAGGUGGUUGAUUGAUAGGAAAGCUCGGAAAAUUCCGUGGGUCAGGCCAGCCCUCGUAUAGAGCGUAGAAAAAAUGUGGUAGACGUAGUGUCUUUGACCUCCCGAAAUUUUCUGCAUCUUGUAUAGAUUGUCCAGUGCUUUUUUGCGAUUGAUGAA